CACAGAACGAUAACAAUGGCUGCUAUCGCUUCCAUCAACGCCGUCGCGCGCGUCGCCGCCCCCAAGGUCACCGCCCGCCGUUCCUUCCUCGGCAAGGGUGUCGCCGGCCUCGCGCCCGUGCGCCCCGCCGUCAGGUCCGUCGUCGUGCGCGCCGCCGCCGAGAAGGCCCAGGUCAUCAAGCCCCUCAACGGCGACCCCUUCAUCGGUAUGCUCGAGACCCCCGUGACGUCCGCGCCCAUCGUCGCCAACUUCCUCUCCAACCUCCCCGCGUACCGAACCGGCGUGAGCCCCCUCACCCGCGGCGUCGAGGUUGGCCUGGCGCACGGCUUCUUCCUCACCGGCCCCUUCAUCAAGCUCGGCCCGCUCCGCUCCACCGACGCCGCCGAGCUCGCGGGUUGCCUCUCCGGCGCCGGCCUCGUGCUCAUCCUCACCGCGUGCCUCUCCAUCUACGGCGCCACCGCCUUUCAGACCCCGGAUGUCGUCGGCGUGAAGACCCUCUCCGGCCGCGACAUUGCGCGCGAUCCGGUGCAGUCCUCCGAGGGCUGGGCGAAGUUCACCUCCGGCUGGCUCGUCGGCGGCCUCUCCGGCGUGGCCUGGUCCUACUUCCUCACCCAGGUCCUCCCCUACUACUCUUAAGCGGUGUGAUGAGCGGAGAUGGACUGUGGCGCGGCGAGUGCCGUCGACUCGACGUUUGAGCGAUGAUCGGGAGCGAAGAGCGACUCGGCCGGCGGUCCUAAUCGAUUAGUAGAGAGAGGCUGGCGUGUGAGUGAGGUCGUCCGGCGGGUGGCCACCCGCCGGGACGACGUGCUAAACCUUACAAUUGUGAUUUACACUUAGAUCGAAUCG